AUGGACUUUCGUGUGCUAGAACAGCAGAAGGAGAAUAUCCAGCCGAAACCUUCUGGAAGACCAGCGUCGAAGCUAGCGUUGGCUUUGAAGGAGCACCCUCCUAAGGCCUCGAUAGUGGAGAAGAAGAACGAGUUCGAGCUGAUCUUAGCACACGAGGAACUUGACGAUCCACUCCAAGCUUAUCUAGACUACAUCAGCUGGACACAUGAUACGUUUCCCCAGGGUGGAAACACGGAAAGCGGCCUUUUGGCGCUUCUAGAGAGAUGCACUUCAUGCUUCAGAGAUACACCUUACUACAAGAACGACCCCCGCUACUUAAAAGUGUGGCUAGAGUACUCGCAGUAUUCUGAUCUGCCUCGAGAGAUCUUUGUGUACUUGGCGAAAAAGGGAAUUGGCUGUGAGUUGGCGCUUUACUAUGAGGAGUUUGCAAAGUACCUUGAGGUGAAGGGCGCCUUGAGUGACGCCAUGGAGGUUUACGGUAUAGGCAUAGAACGGGAGGCCAGGCCGUUGGCUCGUUUGCAGCGAAGCCUUGGCUAUUUCCAACGGCGCACGCAGAAUUUGAGCCUCAGUCGGGCCAGCAACAUGAGAAGCGUUCUCUCGAUUAAGAGAGGUGGUGCUCCACAUAGCAGCUCCAGUGAUAACAGCAGCAGUUCUUCAAAACGGCCAAAGUUUACAGUGCACAGGGACUCAGACCCAGUGAGUAUCAAGGAGUCGGUAUUUGGUCAACCCGAGAAAGCUCCGAAUAAACCGCCUAUGCUAAGACUCAAGGAAAACGUGAUUGCUGCAAGGCCGUGGGCUGGUGAAGUCCUUAAGCAGAAAGGACCUGCGUCUUCUCUGGGUGCCAAGUUCGAAGUAUUCAAAGACUCGGAGUCUGCCCCCGAAAAUUCGUGGCAUGUUUGUACAGCUACAGAUGGUUCUAAGUAUACAAUCCUUCAACAGCCCAACAAGCCUACAGAGAACCUCAUGGUCAAUAUGAACUUGCUAUACCCUAGUCAUGGCGAACAGUACAGUCCUACAGAAGUACUUUGCCAGGUAAAAAACUUCCAAAGGGCCUCUGAGAUGAAGCCAGUGAAGCACAAAGAGAUGUCGAAACUGAAAGAGAUUGAUACGGGCAAUUGUACCAUGACAAUACCGUUGAACGUAGAUGACUCCACAAACCAUUCAAUUCGUCCCAAGUCGCCUACUUUGACCCAAUUCUCACGCAUGACCGCUAAGGAAGUGUUGAACAUGUUUAACGACGCAUCCAAAUACCAGCUGGACGAAGACACUACGAAGUUUGAGGAUCACACAACCACGAAUCUAGACGGCUUUGUCACUGAGACUUUCCAUCCACGACAUCAUAUCUCUCAUCAGCCACCGCAAGGCUCAGGAAACCACAUCUCAAAUCAGCAAAAUGAGCGGGAGUCCAGAACGCCUCCCACGGCGUUUGGGUCCGAAAAGUCGUCUCCCUUCAUGGAUCAGCCGUGGUAG